AUGCAGGUUGUUGUUCAUGAUGAAGAUGAUGGUGAUGAGGAUGAUGAUGAUGAUGAGAAUGAAGAUGAUGUUCACAAGGUCGAUGAGCAUGAUGAUAACAAUGAUGAUGAGUUUGAUGAUGAUGAUGGUUUUGAUCAUGAUGAUCAUUAUAACUAUGAUGUGCAAAAAGCCAUGCCCUUCAAUGAUGAUGAAGCGGCUUCACUUCAAAGGAUGGUGAAUGAGGAUAGAGAAAGCCGGGAAAUGAUGUUUGAAGUUUCUACAUCAGGAAACCAUGCUCUUGUCAGAGGAGUAACACAAAACCCCGACAACAUUUUUGCUGAUGAAGAAGAACAAAACAAUGAACCUGAAGAGAACAUCUCAAAAUUUGUUGAUGAAAACACCAAAGAAAUGUCAGCUGAAAGAGAAGAAGGUACACAUGAAACUGAGGUUCAAAAUGAGGUGGUACUAGGAGAUGAAAAUGAAGAAGAAGCGGAAAAGGAGAUGGCCGAAACAGAAAACGCCAUUGAAGUGCAAACAGCUAAUGAAAACGCCAAGGAAUUUGAAAAUGAAGAAGAAGGAUAA